UGGCGGCUGAGCUUGGUGCGGUAAGAAGUUGGAAUAGACGCGUCUGAAAAAGCGAGUUGUGACCGACAAAGAAUGGCUGUGGAGUCGAGAGUGACGCAGGAAGAGAUUAAGAAAGAGCCCGAGAAGCCGGUGGACCGAGAGAAGACCUGUCCGCUCCUGCUGCGCGUUUUCACCACCAACAACGGGCGCCACCACCGCAUGGACGAGUUCGCGCGGGGCAACGUGCCGUCCAGCGAGCUGCAGAUCUACACCUGGAUGGACGCCACCCUCAAAGAGCUCACCAGCCUAGUGAAGGAGGUGUAUCCCGAAGCUCGGAAAAAAGGCACGCAUUUCGGCUUUGCCAUAGUCUACCCAGACCCCAAAAGACAAGGUUACAGAGUGAAAGACAUCGGCAAUACGGUGUCGGGCCGGAAGGGAGCCGAUGACUCCAUGACGCUGCAGUCGCAGCGGUUUCAAAUCGGCGAUUACCUGGACAUCGCCAUCACGCCUCCAAAUCGAGCCCCACCCCUCCCCAGUCGCAUGAGGCCCUAUUGAUGGCGCUCUGGCUUUCAUUUGUUCCACACUUCUAAAAGGACUUUGAAUAGUGCUUUUGUUUAUUUUUAGACAAGUGUUUCCUUAACAUUGAGCCUUCAAACUUAAUUUUGACUCUGGCGGCAGAAUACAAACCAGAUUGUUACUUUUAA